UAGGUUCCGGUUCCGUUACCAUGGCGGCCAGGCUGGUGGGUCUGGCUCGAGCGGGAUUGCAGAGAACCUUCCGGAAUCUGGGUCCUGGUGGUGGUGCUGUGGCCUCUCAGGUCAGGUUUGAGGGAUCCAUUUCUGAGUCUCGGCCUACUGUCCGACCAAAGAAUGAACUACAGCACAGCCAGCUCUCUGCAUUUGGUGAAUAUGUUGCUGAAAUUCUUCCCAAAUAUGUCCAACAGGUGCAGGUGACAUGUUUCAACGAGUUGGAGGUUUUUAUCCAUCCAGAUGGCUUAAUACCAGUGAUGACGUUCCUCCGAGAUCAUACCAAUGCUCAGUUUAAAUCUCUUGUAGAUGAAACUGCAGUUGAUAUCCCUUCUCGUCAAUUUAGAUUUGAGAUUGUAUAUAACCUGCUUUCGCUGCAAUUUAACUCUCGUAUCCGUGUGAAGACUUACACUGAUGAGUUGACACCACUGGAUUCCCUGGUACCUGUGUUCCAGGUUGCAAACUGGUAUGAGAGAGAGAUUUGGGAUUUGUUUGGUGUAUUUUUUGCUGACCAUCCGGAUCUCAGACGAAUCCUCACAGAUUAUGGAUUUGAAGGUCAUCCUUUUCGCAAAGACUUCCCACUUUCUGGCUAUGUAGAGGUACGUUAUGAUGAUGAGGUAAAACGUGUUGUAGCUGAGCCUAUUGAACUUACCCAGGAAUUCCGCAAAUUUGACCUCAACAGUCCAUGGGAAGCUUUCCCAGCCCACCGCGAACCAGCUGAACUACCCAAACUUGAAGCUGGAGAGAAAAGUCCUGAGACAAAAUGAAUAGGAACUGCUGAAUAUUUGGGGAAAACCUGUCUAAUGUCAAUUUUAAUGUGGGCCUAAAGUGACUGUUUUCUGUACAACCUAAUAAUUUGUGUGAAACAUAUGUAAAUAAACUACUUGUAUAAGGUUAUAA